GUCACGUAGCUCUGCGGCAUCCGCAGCCUCAUUUACAGCGGCCCUGACUGGAGCCGCAGCUGCUGUGCACCUGAACGGAGCAGCUCUACCAGUGGCUGCGGCAGCUAAUUCGUUGCGCACUCGCUGCACGCAGAGCUAUCACCAUGCCCCACUUGUAUCCAGCCCUUUCUGCGGAGCAGAAAAAGGAUUUGUCUGACAUUGCCCUCCGGAUUGUGGCCCCCGGCAAAGGCAUUCUGGCUGCAGAUGAGUCUGUAGGCAGCAUGGCCAAACGGCUGAGCCAAAUCGGGGUGGAGAACACAGAAGAGAACCGCCGAUUGUACCGCCAGGUCCUGUUCAGUGCUGAUGACCGUGUAAAAAAGUGCAUUGGCGGUGUCAUCUUCUUCCACGAGACACUCUAUCAGAAAGAUGAUAGUGGGGUCCCCUUCGUCCAUACCAUCCAGGAUAAGGGCAUUGUCGUGGGCAUCAAGGUUGACAAGGGUGUAGUGCCGCUAGCUGGCACUGAUGGAGAAACCACCACUCAAGGGCUGGAUGGGCUUUCGGAACGCUGUGCCCAGUAUAAGAAGGAUGGUGCCGACUUUGCCAAGUGGCGCUGUGUACUAAAAAUCAGUGAGCGCACACCCUCAGCACUUGCCAUUCUGGAGAAUGCCAAUGUGCUGGCCCGUUAUGCUAGCAUCUGCCAGCAGAAUGGUAUUGUGCCUAUUGUGGAACCUGAGAUCCUGCCUGAUGGAGACCAUGACCUCAAACGUUGCCAGUAUGUUACAGAGAAGGUCUUGGCUGCUGUGUAUAAGGCCCUGAGUGACCAUCACGUGUACCUGGAGGGGACUCUGCUCAAGCCCAACAUGGUGACCCCUGGCCAUGCCUGUCCCAUUAAGUAUAGCCCAGAGGAAAUCGCCAUGGCAACUGUUACAGCUUUGCGUCGCACUGUGCCUCCAGCUGUCCCAGGAGUGACCUUCCUUUCUGGGGGCCAGAGUGAGGAGGAGGCAUCACUCAACCUCAAUGCUAUCAACCGCUGCCCCCUUCCCCGGCCCUGGGCCCUCACCUUCUCCUAUGGGCGUGCCCUGCAGGCCUCUGCACUCAGUGCCUGGCGAGGGCAACGGGACAAUGCUGGAGCUGCCACUGAGGAGUUCAUCAAGCGGGCUGAGGUGAAUGGGCUUGCAGCCCAGGGCAAGUAUGAAGGCAGUGGAGACGAUGGUGGAGCGGCAGCACAGUCCCUCUACAUUGCCAACCAUGCCUACUGAGUACCCACUCCACACUACAGCCAUUGGCAUGGCCAUCUGCACCCAAUUUUGCCCGUAGUUAUGGCCAGGGCCACAUAGCCACGCAGAGCAGAGGUGCCUCCAUCCAGCACUCUGUCAUCUUCCUUCUUUCUCUUCCUCCCCACCUCCCAUUGCACAACUGGGACCACUGGGUGGGAAGACAGGGAGUCCCUCAUGACCAAUGGCAGGAGAACAUGGUAGAAAUCAGAGCAGGAUGCCUGGUCUCCCCACUGCCUCUGCCAGUUCCCUACAAUUUCCCCAUGAUGAGGUACUUUUCCUUGGUCUUUCCUUGCCUGCACUGUCUCCUGGUAUCAGAGGGUAGGACACCAGACCUGACUCAUGCCUUGGGUGCAUACCACAUAGAAAAUAAAUGGUAGCAAAACAUG